AAGGAAUGGUCGAUUAUUGGUGCCUUGCGAUACAUAGAGCCCAAAACCGAAAUAUUAUCAAUAGAUACAAUCAAUACUUUCAAGACUGACCUGUAUUCACUGUUACGUAGUAUAGGCGAAAAAGGCUAUGCACACGAGUUUGCCAAGAAAAAGGCGAGGAAAAUUCUGACAAAUUAUGAUAAGUCAUUCUUUUCAGCCGACGUAAAACGUUUUAUCGAUGAAAUUGAACUAAAAAAUGAAAAAAAGGAAUUUCACACAUCGAUAAGUCGAAGAGUUACAUCCGCAAGUACAUUAAGGGCACUGGAGGAGCAUCGUACGGACAGAAUAACAAUCGAAGCUUUGCGCAACGCAAUAAACACAACAUCAACCAUCGAAGAUCUUAGGGGAGAAAUAAUGGAUGGAGUCGAGAAUGGUCAAAUUGUUUCCGAAGCUGUACAAGAGUCGAGUGAUCUCGGUGCGCAAAGUUACGAUCAAGAAGGUCAAGACCUGUUGCGAAAUACAAAUACCCUAGGGAAAAGGGAAAAUACAAGUGAUGCUGAGGAAGAACGAUCACCUAAGUUUUCGGAAACCAAUCAGCACUCUAUCUUUUAUGGAGGACUUCCAAAUUAUGAAGAGGGCAUAAAGAUUGACCCGGAAUUA